AUGGCGCCGCGUAUGGAUGCCCUGGUACUUCAAUUUACUACAGGCUUUGAUCAGGAAAGUGAGACGCCGAAGGAGAGGAAAGCGAGCCGGCGCACUCGUGCGUCUGAGGAGACACGGACUGCGAACUGCUCUUCCUGGGAUCUUCCUUUCAAACGUACGCUCACUCACGUCAUGAUCCACCUGUUCCCCGCGUACAGACAGAGGCUGAAGCUCUCCAAACCUGUCGUGAGGACUAAAAAACUGUGGAGCAACGAGGCUGUGGAGAAGCUUUGCACGUGUUUGAAAUCUACAGACUGGGACGCAAUGAAGGCUGCUUCUAACAGCUUGGACGAGUUUACGGACACUGUCACCUCCUAUAUCCACUUCUGUGAGGACAGCAUUGUGCCAUCACGCACCAGGCUGGGUCACGUUAUCGGUGAGAGAUUUGACCAACUCCCGGACAGCCUCGCAUCGAAACUGGACAAUCGCUUGUCGAUUGACUCCAGGAUGUCUACGAUGUCUUUGCCGGCAGGCGAUGUUGUGCCGGGGGAGUCUGCCAGGCGACAUCUCUUCGAUGACGGCGUCUCAAUUUUGGCCGGGGAAGAUGCACUCUGGGCCUUCUUCAUUACUAAAUCUUGGAAACAGCGGUCGAUCAGCACUGCUAAGAGGAGGGAUGGUGAGGCUGAUUCGCACAAAAUCAUCAAAACAGAGAAGCCGGAUAUUAGAAGCCAACGCAAACUCAAGUCUCAACUGAAGGAGCAGUUUACUCGUGCGUGUGAGGGCAUCAACAGGCAAAAAUCCUCUGCUGUCCUGAAUGAGAUCUACACAGAGCUCUACAUCAUAGAGGGGCAGAGUGGAGAAGUCAAUGAGCAGCAAGAGACCAGACAGGUUCUAAAUGCAAAGUUCAAACCAGUUAAACAAGAAACAGUAAUUAAAUAUAAUGAGAUCUUCACCUCUGUAGGAAAUAAACAUAUUAAAACUGUGAUGACAAUUGGAGUGGCAGGCAUAGGAAAAACUAUCGCAUCAAUGAAGUACAUGCUGGACUGGGCUGAGGGUAACGCAGUUCAAAACAUUUAUUUCAUGUUUCCAUUUCCUUUCCGAGAGCUUAAUUUGAGAAGAGAGGAACAACUCAGUUUUGAGGAUCUUAUUCAUCAGUUCUUUCCAGCUAUGAAGACCUCAGAAAUAUCUGACUAUGACAAGUACGAAAUUCUGGUUGUUCUGGAUGGCUUUGAUGAAUGCCGCCUUGAUCUUGACUUCAGUGAAAGUAAUAAAUGCACCGAUGUGAGAGAGCAAACAUCAGUCAAUAUUCUGCUGACCAACCUCAUCCAAGGAAAUCUGCUUCCUAAAGCUCAGAUCUGGAUCACCUCCCGUCCUGCAGCGUCCAACCGUAUUCCUGUUGAUAAAGUUGACCGGGUCACAGAGGUGCGAGGAUUCAACGAGGAUCAAAAGAAAGACUACUUCAGGAAGAGGUUUAAGGACAAGGAUCUGGCUGAAAAAAUCCUCACCCAUGUGAAGAAAUCAAGGAGCCUUUAUAUCAUGUGUCACAUACCAGUUUUCUGUUGGAUCACUGCAAAGGUCCUGGAGGAAUAUGUGACCACAAACCAAGAUGAUGAAAUGCCCAAGACACUGCCUGACAUGUACACAUACUUUCUUUUGAUUGAGUGCAGACAGGCUAACAGAAAGUAUAAUGAAGAUAAGACAAGUGAAAGAUGUGAGAUAGAUAAAUGCUGGAAUGAAAGAAACAAGGAAACCAUUAUAUCUUUAGGCAAACUAGCUUUUGAAGAGCUUGUGAAAGGAAACUUUCUCUUCACUGAAGAAAAGCUGACAGAGUGUGGUACUGACAUCACAAAAGCUGCUGUUUUUUCUGGGAUAUUGACUCAGAUCGAGAGAGAAGGUCCUUCACUGUACCCACAGAAACUGUUUUGCUUUGUACAUUUGAGCAUUCAGGAGUUCCUGGCAGCUUUCUAUGUGUUUUACGUCUUCAGUAACAAAAGUGAAAAUCUGCUUACCACACCCCCUUCAUUGAUGUCAGAUUUGCCUGCAUCUGACUUCUACAAGAAGGCAGUGGACAAAGCUUUAGAUAGUAAACAUGGAGACUGGGAUCUGUUUCUCCGCUUCCUGCUCGGCCUCUCACUGGAGACCAGUCAGAAACAUCUGAAAGAGCUGCUGAUAGACAACAAAAAAAAUAGCAAAAAGACCAACAAGGAGACCAAAAAGGAGACAGCUGAGUACAUCAAAAACAAGAUCAACGAAGACAUCAGUGAUGCAGAUAAAAACCUCAAUCUUUUUUACUGUUUGAAUGAGCUUAAUGAUCACUCUCUUGUUAAAGACAUCAAAGAGCAACUGCGAUCAGGAAAACAGAAUUUUGAAGAUUGCUCUGCUGGUCAGUGGUCUGCUCUGACAUUUGUGCUGUUGACGUCAGACGAGGAACUCGAUGUGUUUGAUCUGAAAAAGUAUCGGAAAUCAGAGAAAGUUCUUCUGGGAAUGUUGCCAGUGGUCAAAGUCUCAGAAAUUACUUUGUUGAGUUGGUGCGAGCUCACCGAACAAUCUUGCAGUGCUCUGACAUCAUCAGUCCUGAGCUCUGCAUUCUCAAACCUGUCAGAGUUGGACAUGAGCCAUAAUGACCUGCUAGAUUUAGGUGUGAAACAUCUUGCUGUAGGCCUGGAGAGUCCACACUGCAAACUGAAGAUUCUCAAGUUGUCUGGUUGUCAGGUAACAGAGAAAGGCUGCUCUUUCUUGGCCUCAUCUCUUUUGUCCAACACAGCCUCCCGUCUGGAACAUCUGGAUCUCAGUUACAAUCAUCCAGGAGACAUUGGGACAAAAAGACUAACAGAUAUAAAUCUAUGCUUCUUUUUCAGUUUGGACCACUGCGGAGCAUAUCGGUUAAAACCAGGGAUUAAAAAAUAUGGCAGAGAGCUGAAGCUUGAUGAAAAUACUGCAAGCAAAAGGCUUAUCCUAGAAGGAGACAGAAAAGUAAGAACUGUAAAGAAGUUAGAGGAGAAACCUGCACGACCUGAAAAUGAGGACAGGUUCAUGAGGUGUCAGGUGCUUUGCGUCGAGGGACUGAAAGGUCUCUGCUACUGGGAAGUGGAAUGGAGUGGGACAGUCGGCAUUGCUGUGGCAUACAAAAGAGUGGGUAGAAAAUUGGAUAGUAGUGGUGGCCUAGGAUGCAAUGAGAUGUCCUGGGCUCUGUAUUGCUCCAGGACUAAAUGCACUGCCUUGCAUGGGAAGACAUCAACACAGCUGAAAUUACCUUCUAGUCAAAAAAUAGCAGUGCUCUUGGAUUGGGAAGGUGGAAUUCUGAGUUAUUACAGUGUUUCAUCAGAAAAGCUGAGCCUCAUACACACCUUCCAUGCAAAAUUCACAGAGCCGCUCUUCCCAGCGUUCUGGUUUAAAACAGGCUCUGUGACCUUAAAUCACUGUGGUUAAAACAGCUUUAAUGUACUGCAGGGAAUACUAACAAUACUCUUUUAUUAACAUUUCAGUGCCGUAAUGUGAAACAUUACAUUUUCUUUUUUUUAAUGCAAGUUGUUACUUUACUUACUUCUGAAUCCAUAUCAAAACUGUAAAAAUGAAAAACUGUCAUAAAGAAGCUUUCUGUAUUCCAACCCUCUUAUCAGACAACCACUCUAGUACUGCUAUAAGUUACAGCAUUUUUUUAAAGACUGCAUAUUGACUGUGCUUUCGUGAGAUUUAUUAGCAAAACGGAAACCUAACUAAACAUACUUUAAAUGGACUAAUCAAUAAAAUUUGAAUUAGCGAGAUUAUGUUGGAAAAAUUAAACACAUUUUGUGUAUUUCAGUCAUUUCUGUUUAUUCAUUCGUUUCAUUUAUUUUUAUUUUUAUACAAGUAAAAUAUUCUGAUGAAAGAUAUACUGAUAACAAUGAUGAAUAUUAUUAACAAUUUAUUUGUUUUUGGGGUUUUUUGGCUUCAUUUCACAUUACUGAUACAUUUUUUUGUUUUGUUUUUUUAA